AUGGCUCGGAACAGGCAGGGCCUCACCCUGCACCAUGUUUUGCAGCAGAACCAACCUCAUCCUGCACCAUAUUCUGUAGCAGAGCCUUAUGCUGCACUGUGUUCUGUAGCAGAGCCUCAUGUUGCACCAUGUUCUGUAGCAGAGCCUCAUCCUGCACCAUGUUCUGUAGCAGAGCCUCAUCCUGCACCAUGUUCUGUAGCAGAGCCUCAUGUUGCACCAUGUUCUGUAGCAGAGCCUUAUGCUGCACUGUGUUCUGUAGCAGAGCCUUAUGCUGCACUGUGUUCUGUAGCAGAGCCUCAUGUUGCACCAUGUUCUGUAGCAGAGCCUCAUCCUGCACCAUGUUCUGCAGCAGAGCCUCAUCCUGCACCACGUUCUGUAGCAGAGCCUUAUGAUGUAUUGUGUUCUGUAGCAGAGCCUCAUCCUGCACCAUGUUCUGUAGCAGAGCCUCAUGUUGCACCAUGUUCUGUAGCAGAGCCUUAUACUGCACUGUGUUCUGUAGCAGAGCCUCAUCUUGCACCACAUUCUGCAGCAGAGCCUCAUCUUGCACCACAUUCUGAAGCAGAGCCUCAUCUUGCACCACAUUCUGCAGCAGAGCCUCAUCUUGCACCACAUUCUGAAGCAGAGCCUCAUGUUGCACCACAUUCUGAAACAGAGCCUCAUCUUGCACCACAUUCUGCAGCAGGGCCUCAUCUUGCACCACAUUCUGAAGCAGAGCCUCAUCUUGCACCACAUUCUGCAGCAGGGCCCCAUCUUGCACCACAUUCUGAAGCAGGGCCUCAUCUUGCACCACAUUCUGAAGCAGAGCCUCAUCUUGCACCACAUUCUGAAACAGAGCCUCAUCUUGCACCUCAUUCUGAAGCAGAGCCUCAUCUUGCACCACAUUCUGAAGCAGAGCCUCAUCUUGCACCACAUUCUGAAACAGAGCCUCAUCUUGCACCUCAUUCUGAAGCAGAGCCUCAUCUUGCACCACAUUCUGCAGCAGAGCCUCAUCUUGCACCACAUUCUGAAGCACAGCUUUCCAAAAAACAUCUUUUUUUACGUUAUUUAUGUUUUUUUUUUUUAUCUGUUUGGAAAUUGUACAGAGAUGAAACCAAAGUAAUUUUAGUCCUCCAGCCAGAUAUGAGGAGGAUGAAGUGAUUAUUGUGUGAGGGUGACAGAGGCACCGAAUGAGUUUUCUGCUUUUAUUUUCUAUUUUAUGUGAAGACUAUUCUAAAGUUUCUGAAUACUAUAAAGAAUGCCAAGAUAUUCUGCUAUACUAUUUAAAGUACAUUUUUCAAUAAAAAGCUUAAUUUUAACAUAA